GUGCCAUCGACCCUACCUCCUUGCGUAUGGUGGGACAGGAGGAGUUCGAAGCCGUUUCAGAAAGGAUGUUUUCUCAACAAAACCUCAAAAGGAUUUCCAAAGCAAUCUUGCGGAUGAGUGCACUUUUGGGCCUUGAGUCAGUAAGUUUGACUGGAGCCGAAGCAACAAAAAUCAGCGAAUCCGCUGAGCUUGGUGAGACAUGUGAACUGGCAGCACAACAUGCCAGUGACUCCGGUGAAACGUUUUGGCUAUGGGUCGUUGUUAUUUGCAUGGUCUUACUUUGGAUCAUCUUUGCGCUGAUGGUUUUUCGCACGUUCAAGAAGCUCUCAAAGGAAAUGGAAGAUUGCUGGAGACAAGCUGCUGAAGAAGAUGCUUUUUCGGGAAGACUCGAACAACGUAUUACUGGUUUGGAUCAGAGGGUGGAAUUUGCUGAAGGACUUGCUGAGAGAAAUCGAAGUGAGUUACAUGAAGAAAUUCAGCAGGUCAGCAACGAAGUCAGCAUGACCCACGACUAUGCCUCUGGACUCCAUUAUUACAUUGUUGAGAGCGGCGGUUAUUUGAGGCGUGCAGCCCGCUUCGCAGUACAGAAAAUACAGAUCCAAUUGAAGAAGUUCCAGGACAUCUUGAGCAAGCAGAAGAAGAAUCACCGACGUCAGAUCCAGAAACUGACGGAAAUGAUGGAGGCAUGCGUCAAAGAGUUGGUGGAAAACUCUUUGGACGCCAAGGCCACUCGAAUCGAAGUUCGCCUUGGUGAUUCUGGCGCGGAACUCUUAGAGGUGAUUGACAAUGGCCAUGGCAUUUCCGCGGAAGACUUUGAGAAGGUGGCUUCAAGGCAUGCGACCUCCAAAAUCCGUCAAUAUACAGAUUUGAGUUCUGGUGAGUUUUCAAGUUUCGGUUUCCGUGGAGAAGCGCUUUCUGCAAUCAGCGCGAUGGGUGACAUGACGAUCGCCACCAAGACUCCAGAGUCCGCUGCAUCAUUGCUCUGCUACGACAGGUAUGGAAAGUUGGUGAGCUCUUCGCCCAUUGCACGCGAAGUUGGAACAACGGUAUCUGUCAGGGAGCUGUUCAAGCGCCUUCCGGUGAGGCACAAGGAAUUUAUGAAGAACGCCAAAUCCCAGGUCAGCGCAACUCUUCGACUGAUCCAGUCCUAUGCCAUUGCACAGCCCCAGGUUCGCUUCAGCGUCGUGGCUGAGAAGCGCUGCAGUGCCGGCGGGGGCCGCGCCACGUUGCUCUGCACCUCAGGAACAGCAACUGACUGGCACCAGGCUGCAGCAGCAGUGCUGGGCGACGCAGCGCUUGCAAAGACGCAAAAGAUUUGCGUCAAUGCUGGUGGUUGGCAAGUUGAAGGUUUGAUCUCUUCGCCGAUGGCUGGACGACGGUCCCGCGAUGCCCAGCUGUUUUUUGUGAAUGGGCGUCCGAUCGACCCGCCCAAGCGAGUGGCCAAACUGAUCAACGACACCUAUCAUCAGUACAAUUCGCGGGCCUGGCCUUUGCUGAUCCUGGCCUUCACAGCUCCUCAGGGCAUGGUUGACGUGAAUGUUACUCCUGACAAGAAGACUGUCUUCUUGCACCAGGAGGAGCUGCUGCUUGCGGGGCUUCAGCCAGCUCUGACGGAGCUCUUUGCAGCCCCGGAGCUUCACCUGGGCGGUUCGCUCGGGGACUUCGGUAUCCGGCCACGGACUGCUGUUGGACCUGCUGUAUGCGAUGAUGAUGGCAUGUCAGUUCCCAACACCCCGGAGCCAGCACCCUUGGCUUCGAAUGUGGACCGAGAGACACCCGAAAAGUCUCGAGCUGUGGGUGCUGGGCCUGCUGGGCCUGCUGGGAUUUCACAGUCGGAAGACUCUCAGAGCUCUACAAACUUGGAGGAUGUCCAAGAAAUGCGUGUCACUGAGAUCAGCGAUCAGGCAUCUGCUUUGCGUGACCAUGAAGCGACGGGCUUCGAGCAGCCAGGUCUUGUGUCGUCACCGCGGCAAUCUGUGUGGUCCCAACCGCUCAAACGGAGGCGGGAGGGUGAUCUGGACCUUGAAAUCCUCGAGUUGUCCAUGGAGGAUGUGGCGCCGGAUCACACUGAGGUUGCUAUGCCACCAAGGGAAGAACCAGGUCUGGACUUGAGCAUCGAGGAAUAUGUCCCUCCAGAAGGUUCGGAAAUGGAGGUAGAGCCGGUAGAGCCGGUAGAGCACAUCAUUCCAGCUGAGGAGAAUCAAUGCACUUCAGAUUUGCCAGCAAUGGGCUGCAGCUUUACAAGCUCCGUCACCUUAGAAGGAUUGCGCUCUCGGGCAAGACGCCGGCGCGAGGUUCUGUCAGCAGAAACGUCGCAAGUGACAUCGGAAGUGACCUUCCCAAGGGCCUUUUCCUUGACUGCUUUGCGUGGCGAAGGUGCAUCUCUAGAAGAGGUUGCGAAAUUUGCUUCAGACGAAAGCGGCGCCCACGGUUUGAGGUUCGACAAACGCUGCUUUUCCAAGAUGCGCGUCAUUGGCCAGUUCAACUUGGGCUUCAUCAUUGGUGCGUUGCCAGUAACCAGCUCCAGAGGUGGCAAAGAACAACUGUUCAUCGUCGAUCAGCAUGCUUCCGACGAGAAGUUCCGCUUUGAGGCUUUAAACCGGGAGUCGCGGAUUGAGCGACAGCCCCUGGUGUCGGCACAUCCUCUCCAACUUACACCAGCUCAGGAGCAGCUCGCUGAAGCCUAUCUUGAGAUCUUCCGCAAAAAUGGCUUUGAUCUUCAGAAAGACGAGGCUCGGCCUCCUGGUCGGCGGUUGAGGGUGACGGCGCUUCCAAGCUGCCAAGGAAUGGUCUUCAAUGAGAAGGACAUCCAUGACCUUUUGUACAAGUUGGAAGAGGCUCAACCUUCUGAAGGCAGUCAAAGUCUUGAAGGUGGCCUGCUGGAUCUGGAUGGGCAUCGCGCCCUUUGGAGCACUGCACUGCCACGGCCGCAGAAGGCUGGCAUGCCUUGGAGUAAGGUUUGGACGUUGCUUGCCUCAAAAGCCUGUCGCUAUGCUACCAUGGUUGGAAAGGCUCUACGGGUCAGCGACAUGGAGAAGAUCCUUCGAAAUCUGGGUACUUUGAGGCAACCUUGGAACUGUCCACAUGGGCGCCCCACCAUGCGGCACCUGGUGGACACCGACGCUGCGCGGAAGGCUCCCAGAAGGACGCCCUCCGUAAAGGUCGGCACAUGA